GCACAUUCACGUACCUACAUUCACCGACAUGCACACGCACAUUCACGAACGUGUGUUCAUUCACGAACGUGUGUUCAUUCACGAACGUGUGUUCAUUCACGAACGUCUGUUCAAUUCACGAACGUGUGUUCAUUCACGAACGUGUGUUCAUUCACGAACGUGCACUCACAAUGGCAGAUGCGACGAAGACAGCAU